CUUAUGGUAAAACCAUAAUGGCGACUGCUGAUGUUCGGGAUGCAAACCAGUCAUACGUGGAUACGUAGUUUCCUGGACGCUGUCGAGGAUGGUCAUAUGACCCGACUGUAAUUCUGAAGGCCGUGUCAAGGUCAUGUCCCAGAGAGCAAAACGAAAGACUGCCAUGAUGACUGCUGAGGUUGUGCCCGGUCCUUCUACGACCGCGCUUGAACGCACUGUAAAGGAAGCUGUGAACAUUGAAAUAUCUCCGGAAAAGAAAGCCAAAGUUUCAUCCGAGGAAUCUAGUUCUUCUGGUGAAGAAAAAAGUCCAGAAGAAAUUCAGCUUUAUAUGGAGGAAACUUUUGACAUUCGAAGGACAUUUAUUACCAUGGAAAUGCCAACAGUGGCAACGUUAAAAGAGACUUAUCCCCAACUGUUUCAGGGGCGACAAAUGUUAGCCGAGUUCCAGCGUGUUACCAAUAUAGAUAUAGACCAUACCAUACAGGAAUACUGUGUCAAGUAUGCUAACGCAAUAAUAGAUAUCGCCAAGCACGUGUCUGGUUCCAACCCGAUUCUCCGCCAGGCGGACACCAUCAAACAACAGAAUGCAGCAUUAAAACAGUACUGGGAUAUGGUAACAGCAUUGUGUCUGGUCCCGCUUCUUCUCAAGGAGAACCUUGUAGAAAUGGUGCGCGAGAUUGGGGAAGAGGACAGUGUGGAUCCCAAAGGGAAAAUUGUCCCCAUACUUGUGUCCAAGGGUCCCCUGUUUCACAGUGAUGAGUUUGUACUGGUUGUUGAAGAAGAGAUCGUUCAAGAGUUUGAGGAAUUUACUAUAGCGUUUGCUACACUGUUUGCCUCAUACUGGGUUUUUAACAUGCAAUAUCCAAAGACACUCCACAACACUUACAAUUUCAUGCAAAAAUCUGUCCUACAACUGAGGGAUGGCUCUCCUCUCCCCCCUCCAUGUAAACAGUUGGUCCAGCGCCUACAGAAAGCCGGGGUUCCUGGACAACACAAAGGGAAAAACACAAGAUAAGCAUUACAAAAACAUAUUUCAUAUCAUCGAUCUCACUCGAACCAAUAAUACUACAAAGCAUAUCCUUUUACAUUGUACCGCACACAACGUCACCGAAGCACAUGACCCACUACGAUAUCGCCUCACAGAGCGACAAGUUAUACCACAACCAUAGUUCCUAUCAUUUACCUGUCAUACGACUUACUCGAGCUACAACGCUGACAUAUUCAGAUCAAAUAUAUAGCACAGACUUUACUGAAUUGUACCCAAACACAGCAAUAAGUCAACAAUUUCAGUGGACAUAUUAAUGGCCUUUCAGGCAUGCAUGCUAUUUACAGAACACGUCAUGCCACGAAUUUCUUUAUAUAUCGGAUACUAGGACCAAACCAAUUUUAUACUCGUAUGGUUUUAGUAAUUGCUAGUUAAAUGAAUGAUUUGAUGUUGUGAUACAUCGACAUCUCAUUCAGCCUCGGUAUCAAGUUUUUUACUGAUGGGGUCAUGGGUAAAUUACUACUCCAGCCAUUUUGUCUCAGCAUCAUAUUUAUAGUAUUGAAAGAGUUAAAAAGUAAAAGUGACCACUCUGUCUCGGAAUCAUAACUUAUGUGUCUUGGUCAGAUAUGUACAUGUACCUUGAUUGGAUAAUGGGUUAAACUAUCGGCUAGUUACUCGGUCAAAAUACCAAUCUUACAUUGGUCUUUCACAGGUAAUAUGUAGUUAUUGCACAAACUGUGAUAUGGUCAUUGUUUUUCUUUUGGCAGAAUUAUUGAUACCAAAACAAAUAGUAUGGCAUUUAUUCUUCCUUCGGUAAGACAUAGGUAGGUAGCAUUCACUAGAUCUUCCAUUAUUAAAUCAUAAACAUGUGCAGUUCAGUAAAUGGUCUCAGCAAUUAAACAAUGUGUGGUGCUGUAACAUCACAAGCUAUAGUGUUAAUAAUUGAUAAUGAUGUUUUUGUUUAUCCUGUUUAAUGUUUAAAAUUAAGCAUCAGCAAGCAGUAAAGGCUGUAUAAUACUGUUAAAACAAUUUUGCUCUCCUUCCCAUUCAGUUAUCAAGGAUCCAUUGACUUAAACUUUUAGUAAAUUUGAUCGCUUGAAAUCUUUUGAUAUACUGUGGAAUUGCAUUUCCAAAAAAAUGUCAGUUUAUAUUUUUGAAGGGAAAAUGGGAAGGCAUUGGCAGGGAACAGAGAAUGAAGUUGGGAUUAUCCUUAUCUAGCUAGGUAACCGAGAGGAAAUUGCAUUUUGGUGAAAGGAAACAAGAAGGCAAUAGUAAAUAUUUACAUUGUGGAUAUUAGAAUACAAAUAAACGAAGGUCAUCAAGAGUAAAAUAUUAAAAUGGGAGAGGAGAGGGUUAAAAACUAAAAUGAAAGGGAAAUGUGGGCGAUGGGAGAGGAGAGGGGAAAACACGCAACGGGAAGGGAAAUUUAAACAAUGGGAGAGGAGAGAGGGAACACGCAACGGGAAGGAAAAUAUUGGGAGAGAAAUGGCGAAUAAUAAGAGGGGGCAGUAAGCAGGGUGAGAACAAUGCAAACUAGGGAAGGAAGUUUUUUUAAAACACAUUGGACUCACAAUUGAUGGGGAAAUGCAUAAUAAAAGAGGUAAUUACAUGAUGAGACGGGGUACCAAACAAGGAGGUUUAAGCAACGAAGAGGGGGAAUUCCAAGUAAGAUUGAAUGAAAAUAUAAAGAAGAGUGAGUAAAAACGAUGGAAAACAAAUGAGAGGGAAAUGGUGGACAAGAGUGAGAGAGUAAGGGGAAUAACAAAAAUGGAGAAGAAGAAUAGUAACAAAUGGGCUGUGGAGGGUAGGGAGGAAAUGCCAAACGAACACAUGGGCUGGGAUAGGAGACAAUGAAAAGACACAAACACAUGGGAUGGGAAAGUAGGGAGGAAAUACCAAACGAACACAGGGGCUGGGAAAGGAGAGAGUGACGAACACAUGGGCUGGGAUAGGACAGAGUGACGAACACGUGGGCUGGGAUAGGACAGAGUGACGAACACGUGGGCUGGAAUAGGACAGAGUGACGAACACGUGGGCUGGGAUCGGACAGAGUGACGAACACGUGGGCUGGGAUAGGACAGAGUGCCGAACACGUGGGCUGGGAUAGGACAGAGUGACGAACACGUGGGCUGGGAUAGGACAGAGUGACGAACACGUGGGCUGGGAUAGGACAGAGUGACGAACACGUGAGCAGGGAUAGGACAGAGUGACGAACACGUGGGCUGGGAUAGGACAGAGUGACGAACACGUGGGCUGGGAUAGGACAGAGGGGCGAACACGUGGGCUGGAAUAGGACAGAGGGCGAACACGUGGGCUGGGAUAGGACAGAGUGCCGAACACGUGGGCUGAGAUAGGACAGAGUGACGAACACGUGGGCUGGGAUAGGACAGAGUGACGAACUCGUGGGCUUGGAUAGGACAGAGGGGCGAACACGUGGCCUGGGAUAGGACAGAGGGGCGAACACGUGGGCUGGGAUAGGACAGAGUGCCGAACACGUGGGCUGAGAUAGGACAGAGUGACGAAAACAUGGGCUGGGAUAGGACAGAGUGCCGAACACGUGGGCUGGGAUAGGACAGAGUGACGAACACGUGGGCUGGGAUAGGAUAGAGUGACGAACACGUGGGCUGGGAUAGGACAGAGUGACGAACACGUGGGCUGGGAUAGGACAGAGUGACGAACACGUGGGCUGGGAUAGGACAGAGGGACGAACACGUGGGCUGGGAUAGGACAGAGGGGCGAACACGUGGGCUGGGAUAGGACAGAGUGACGAACACGUGGGCUGGCAUAGGACAGAGUGGCGAACACGUGGGCUGGGAUAGGACAGAGUGGCGAACACGUGGGCUGGGAUAGGACAGAGUGACGAACACAGUGGGCUGGGAUAGGACAGAGUGACGAACACGUGGGCUGGGAUAGGACAGAGUGAAAUGACAGAUGAACACAUGGGAUGGAGAAGAAGUGAGAGAAUGCCAAACAAUCACAUUCUGGGAAGGGAAAGAAAGAGUGGGCUGAUUCCAAUAAGAGACGGCCGGGGCCCUAAAACGAUGAACACAUUACACAUGGGAAAUGGAUUGUAUUCACUUUGUGUCAGUAACCAAGGAGGAGAUUAAACGGGAUAUAAAAGACAAAGAAACAGUGACAACUGAAUAAGACGGAGAGUGAGUUUAACAAGUGAAAUGUAGUGUGUUAUGAUUUAGAUAUGUUUGUUACUUUUAUUUGAUUUCAUUUUUUUUCAAAAACUUUGAAAAUGAACAGUACCAAUUUAGAAUUUUUUUUUUAUCUGUGUUCGAAUUUUCGAAUUUACAAUGUUUAAUCUUGUUUUCAUCAUAUUAGAUAUAAUUGUUAUAUCAUGUUUUCAUAUAUACAUUAGUGUGUAUACAAUUGUUUUUCUUUACAGUUUUUAUGCAAAAUAAUUUUGUUUUAACACGUUUCAAAGAUUUUUUUUCAGUUAUUGGAAUUCAGCUGAAUGUUUAUGUUUGUUUUUUUUAUGACACUUUUAUGUCAGGCUGGUUGUUCAGCCAAGUAGACGUCAAAAUUCCUUGAACCAGCAUUAAGUAUUGUCUGAUUUUUUCCCAUUCAUAUUAAAUGUUUGUUGUAUUGUGUCAUCAGGGUUGCACAAUUAUACAGUAUACGAAGUGUACUGGGAAACCCUUUCAUGUUGUUAUAUUAGUAGUUAGUUCAAACUUAUAGAAUAUAUUGAGGUUACAUUCAUCUGUUAAACACCUUCGGUAUAUACGAGAUUUGUGGUGUAUAAUUAACCUAAACCAUAAGUAUGGGUGAUAAUGAAGUUAACAAAUUGGUAUCAGAAGUUUCAGAGAGCAUGAUCCCAGAUAACGGUACCAAGACAUCGUGGAAGUAUACUAUUACAGGUUUAACAGAGCUGAACGAAUACAUCGUCAGUGCUUUCAUUUUAAUCCAUUUCAUCUUUUUUUCACAAAAUUGACAGACACCUUGCAACUUUUAUUAGCAUAUUUUGUAAAGUAAAACCAAAUACAGUAAUUAAGGUGCCAUUCCAUGAAUAGAAAGUAGGAACAUAUAUUUGUAGGUCAGUUCAUUCCCUUGUGUAAGGCUACCAGAGAGAAGUGGCAAUUAUCAUAUGAUAGAUACACUGUAUACACAAUGAUAUCAUACACUUACCAAAAUGAUUGUUCUAGCAAAUAAAACACAAUGACGCACUUGUCGGUAACGAACAAUUGAUACACCUGUUUUUUUUGAAUCUAAAUUUAACCAUUGAAUUGUCUAAAGUGACCUGUAUAGUCGAUAUGAAUCAAAGAUUUCCAAGACCGUUUAUAUAUUACGCUAGCAUGCAAUAUGAUGUUUGAUUACAAAACUAUACAAUUUACGUAGAUUAUAUGUAAUAUCUACAAUACUUCAAUUAUUUAUUUAAUCACUGACAGAAUAUGUCUUGUUACACAGGAUAUAUAUCUGUAUGUGACGUCAUGGUUGUGCCAUAGUAGCUAUACAAUCAUUUUAUAUACCAGUAAUUCCAACCUUUGAACGAGUGCAGUGUUGCUAUGAACAUUAAUUGGUCUUUAUCAUUGUGUUCCGGUGAAAGUAUUUGCAAUUACAAAAUCCCUAUUUAUUGUACCUCUCCAGUGUCUCCAUAUUAUUGUAUCAAUUGUGUAUUAUACCAGUAUUGUCCACUUGCAAUGAGGCAUAUAAAUCAUGUGGAACAAAAUAAUGACUCACCAUAAACCAUUUCAAUUUUAUUCAUAUGCUAUGGGGACACUUAUUUGACAUAAAAAUCCACAUACAUGCUUGAAAUAUACCAAUGUAAUACUACUGUCAAUGUACAUAUAUGUAGAGAGUUGUAGCCGAUUGUUAAAAUCACAUUUCUGCUCGAAGCAUAUUUUACAUUGAUGCAAAAGCAAGAGAACCUUAACACAGUGUGCGUUUUCAGGGUUAUGUGUAUAUUCCGCGGAAAUAUGAGCCGCAAGCAGCAAGUCAAAUGCAUUUUCUCCACGCGGAAAUUCGUAUGUUAGAAAUGAACACUUUAGACCACCGCUUCAGAAAAUGACAUUGUGGUAUUGUUACAUCAUAUCUUUAAGACACAAACACCGCUGGUAUAUAUUCCUGUCUAGUUCAUUUACACCCAGUUACUCUACAGAUUGUGAAAUAUCAUAUUAGAAUACUUGUAAAUAUUGGAGUGUUUCUUUAAAUAUUUUACUAUUGUAGAUUUUAGGUAGAUUAGUUCAUCAUACAUGUCAGUAUGAUAGGUGAUGGUUAGUGUGAGUGUUCUGACACACUGACACUAGGCAGUGUGGGUCUGCUUGACAUCAUAUCUUUUAAGAGUCAUUUUUUUCACUUUUUGCUGUACAAAGAAUACGUAGAUUUACUGUUUAGCGUUUAUAUAACGAACAUGCAUAUAUUUAUUUCUACUUCGAAAAGUGUAUGCAGGACAGAAUACGUAUGUAUCCCGUUACGCUAAUAUUAUAUUAACUGAACAACCAUCAUAUAUAUUUUGAUAAAUUAUUCUUGAAAAUUCCUCCCUGCAUAAAAGCUAUGUUCAUUUGGUAAAGAAAGUAGUCGUUCAUCUCCUUCACUAGUAGAUGCUUUCCUCUAUGUUAAGAUGUGUCAUCAUUAGGGCUUUUUUUCUCAGUUGUAUAUUUCGGUGAAUUAUCUCCCCAUCUUCAAUAUUCCAUAGCACUUCGUAGAUACACUGUAAUUUUAGUAGAUAAUUUCCCCACCGUAACAAUUAGUGUCGUUCUAUUGUUUCCUCUCCUUAACAGUAUUUAUCUACAUGAUAAUAGCUGUAAUUCUCGUAUUCCAAUUCAACAAUAGUAGUUGCGAGUCUAUUAUUUCCUCUCUAUAAUAAUAGUUGUCAGUCUAUUAUUUUUCCUCUCCAUCGCAAUAGUUGUCAAUCUAUUAUUUCUCUCAAUAAUAAUAGUUUUCAGUCUAUUAUUUUUCUUCCCAAUGAUAAUAGUUGUCAAUCUAUUAUUUCCUCUUCAUGAUAAUAGUUGUCAGUCUAUUAUUUCCUCUUCAUAACAGUUGUCAGUCUAUCAUUUUCUCUCCAUAAUAAUAGUUGUCAGUCUAUAAUUUUUCCUCUCCGUCAAAAUAGUUGUCAAUCUAUUAUUUCCUCUUCGUAACAGUUGUCAGUCUAUUAGUUUUCCUCUCCAUCACAAUAGUUGGCAGACUAUUAUUUUUUCUCUCCAUAAUAAUAGUUGUCAGUCUAUUAUGUUCUCUUCUAUAAUAAUAAUUGUCAGUCUUUUUUUUUUCACUCCAUAAUAAUAGUUGUCAGUCUUGUAUUUCCUCUUCAUGAUAAUAGUUGUCAGUAUUAUAUUUCUUCUUCAUGAUAAUAGUUGUCAGUCUUUUAUUUCUUCUUCAUGAUAAUAGUUGUCAGUUUAUUAUUUUUUCCCUCUAUCACAAUAGUUGUCAAACUAUUAUUUCCUCUUCAUAACAGUUAUCAGUCUAUUAUUUUUCCUCUCCAUCACAAUAGUUGUCAGUCUAUUAUUUCCUGUUCAUAACAGUUGUCAGUCUAUUAUUUUUCUCUCCAUAAUAAGUUAUCAGUCUAUUAUUUUUCCUCUCCAUCACAGUAGUUGUCAGUCUAUUAUUUUCUCUCUCCAUAAUAAUAGUUGUCAGUCUAUUAUUUCCUCGCCAUAAUAAUAGUUGUCAGUCUAUUAUUUCUCUCUCCAUUAUAUUAGUUGUCAGUCUAUUAUUUCCUCUUCAUGAUAAUAGUUGUCAGUCUAUUAAUUUUUCUCUCCAUUAUAUUAGUUGUCAGUCUAUUAUUUCCUCUUCAUGAUAAUAGUUGUAAGUCUAUUAUUUCCUUUUCAUGAUAAUAGUUGACACACCACUAUUUUCUCUCCUUUAUAAAAAGUUGUCAGUCUAUUAUUUCCUGUUUCGUGAUCAAAGAUGUCUAUCCUUUUAUGCAGUAGUAGAUCAUUUUCUGAAAAUCAGUAAAAGUUGCCAAUUCCUUUCCUUCCGGGCAAUAUCAGCAGUCAAUAUAAUUUAUCCGUUCCGUGGAUGGUAGAUAUCCUUCUCACUGUCAGUAAUUGUCAGCAGGUUAUGUCACAACAUAACACUUAAUACCAAGGAAGAAACAAUCUUAUUUAAACACCAAAAAAGUAUUCGUCAGAAUUCCAAAGAUCCAGAAAUCAAAUAAGCCAAUAUUUAUUUGGUUUCUUUGCCGUGUUGUUAUAAAAUGACUGGUGUAUAUGUAUGUUUAUUAUGCUAUAUUGUUAAUGCUUAUUUGUUAGGCGUGUAUUUUGCUGGAGCUUUUACAUUAUUGUUGGUGCUACCAAAUGGCAUUUCUUGUAUAAAGACAAGUCCCUGUGUAUAUGUUGCAGUAUUAGAAGUUAAUGGUUUAUACAUUUGUUGUAUGUUAUUGUGUUGUCUUCUUGCUUACGUAUAUCACAAAUGUACAUUAAAAUGGUGUACUGCCGAA